AUGAUUGUUUCUCCUAAAGACUUAAGCAAUCAUAAUUCUUCACAAAAACUAAAAAAAUGGAUUAUUCUUUUCAGCUUCUGCUUGAACUCGUAAAAUUUUAUAAGAUGAUAGGAUAUCAAGUGUAUUUUUAUUUAAUGCGUUUUCUCCUAUUUGGUCACAAGUAGCAAUAUACUAUAAAACAACAGAUUAUAAUCUAAACUGGUUUUCUAAUUGUUAUUUUGUCUUACCAAUCAUUUUAACAUUGUUUUUAAAUCCAAUAAUAUUAAAAUACUAUGGAUGGACCUAAAUAAGUAGUUGUUUAGCAACAUCUAUUGGAUUAUGGAUAAUAUAUACUGCAGAGAGAAAUUACUAUAUAGGAUUAUUAGGAUUUAUUUUUAUAGGACUUGGUCAAUCAUUUUAUUUUCAUGUUCCAUUACGUAAAUGUUAAUGAAACUUAAAACUAGACUUAUCAAAGUUAUGGUUUGAACCUGAUGAGAGAAUAGUUUCAACAUUUAUUGGAUAAUACUCUAGUAAUAUUGGUCUACUUUUGGGCUAUGUUGUUUCAUCAAUUUAUUUUUAUGAUGAGGUAAAGAUAAUUUAAAUGUUUAGGUUGAUUAGAAUUAAUUUAAUUAGAAAUUCUCAAAUAUUAUAUAUUUUAAUGCUAUUCUUGCUACCAUAUCUGUUCCUCUUAGUAUUAUUACUCUCUCAAAACCUAGAGAACUUUAAAAUAGAAUGCUAAUUAGAGAAAACCUUUGGAAAUCAAUUAAAAUAAUAUGUUCAAAUAAAGAAAGUAUAUUUGACAUUUUAUCUGUUUCAGCUUGUAAUUUAUUUAUGUAUUUUAAGUUAUUGGUUAUGGUUGGUGUUAUCCUACUCUUUUUAGUGUUUAGCAAAUAAUGAUAGGAUAAACUACUUUAGAUAUAAUUAUAAAUAGCAUAAAUUUUCAAAUUGGUUAAAUUUUAGCUGCAUUUAUAAGUACAUCACGAUUAUAAAAACAAGCAAGUCAAGGUUUAUAAUUAAGUUAUGAUAAAUUGAUAAAAUAGAUUCUAAGUGCAGGAUUUCUGUUUUUGGUUAUAGAAAUUCUAAUUUAUGAAAAUCUACCUUACUUUUUAUUAGUAGGGUCAAAUUUAAUUAUUGGAGCAGGACUAGGUGGUUUGUAUUCUGUUCUAUUAGAAUCUUUAAUGGAGAAACAUUAUCCUGCUUAAGAAUUGGCAAUCUCUUCAUUACUAGAAAUUGCUGCUUGCGUAUUUAUUUAUGUAUAUUAGAGGCAUUUGCUUUAUUCAUCACAAUGAUAUUAGUAAUACCAGAAUUUUUGUAAUUUGGUUUUCAAAUAUAUUCUUUUAUUAUGAUACUACCGUUUUGCUAUAUUUAUGUCUUUUAUAAUACAAAUUUCAAGAGGUUCGAAUAUGAAGGAUGA